AUGACUGCCCAACAAGCUCCAAAGUGGUACCAAUCUGAAGAUGUCCCUGCUGCCAAGAAGACCAGAAAGGCCAUCCGUCCACAAAAAUUACGUGCCUCUUUAGUCCCAGGUACAGUUUUAAUUUUAUUAGCUGGUCGUUUCAGAGGUAAGAGAGUUGUUUAUUUGAAGAAUAUGGAAGACAACACUUUAUUAGUGUCUGGUCCAUUCAAAGUUAAUGGUGUUCCAUUAAGAAGAGUCAACGCUCGUUAUGUCAUUGCUACUUCUACCAAGGUCUCCAUUGAAAAUGUCAAUGUUGAAAAAUUCAACGUUGAAUACUUCUCCAAGGAAAAAUUGACCAAGAAGGAAAAGAAGGAAGCUAACUUAUUCCCAGAACAACAAACUAAAGAAAUCAAAGCUGAACGUAUUGAAGAUCAAAAGAAUGUUGACAAGACCUUAUUGGCUGAAAUUAAGAAGACUCCAUUAUUGAAACAAUACUUGGCUUCUUCAUUCUCCUUGAAGAAUGGUGACAAACCACAUUUGUUAAAAUUCUAA